AUGGAAGAGAAGCGCAACAUUGUGAUAAUUGGUGGCGGCGUUGUUGGCUGCACCACUGCUUACUAUCUCACUCGCCAUCCGAGGUUCAAUCCAGCUUGCCACAGCAUCACUCUUUUAGAAGCCGGCCCUACCGUUGCGGGCGGAGCUUCCGGUAAAGCUGGAGGCUUGCUGGCGCUGUGGGCGUAUCCCGCCAGCCUUGUCCCCUUGUCGUACAGGCUGCACGCAGAAUUAGCCGCCAAACACAACGGUGCUCAAAGAUGGGGCUACAGGAAUCUUCAGUGCGGCAGUCUCGAGGCCGUCGUUUCUUCCCAAAAGCUCGGCCGGCUGCAGCAAGCCCAGGAUCAAGGCAAAGCCUGGGAAACGCUGCCCAAGCAGGACGGAGCAGCCAAGGAACUGCUGGCGGAAGCCAUCUUGCCGCGAGAACUAGACUGGGUGGAUCGGGAUAUCAUAACCAGCUGGGCGGAAAUGGGCGACCCCGGAACGACGGAGACGUCGCAGGUCCACCCGUUCCAGUUCACAACGUCGAUUGGCGAGCUGGCGCAAGAGGCUGGCGUGCGGAUCAAGACCAACGCCAAAGUCACCAAGAUCGCCACGUCCAAGACCCGGCUGGAAAAGGUGGAAUACCUCGACAGAAACACCGGCGAGACGGUUGAGCUUACCGACAUGACCGACGUCGUGGUUACGGCCGGCCCGUGGACCGGGAGACUCCUUCCUCGGGCAAAAGUCGAAGGGCUGCGGGCACACAGCGUCGUCUUCGAGGCAGACGUGUCUCCGUUUGCCGUCUUUACCAACGUACAGCUUCCCCAUGACUUUGUGCCGGAGCACCGGGCAAAGCUGGGCCAGAAACGGCUGCACAGGAGCCGCGUAGACCCAGAGAUAUACGCAAGACCGUUUGGCGAAGCGUACGCGUGCGGCGAACCAGAUAGCAGCGUUCCGCUCCCAGACACGGUCGACCAAGUCCAAUGCGACGAAGCGCAGUGCGACGACAUUAUUUCAUACAUCAAGACCUUCAGCCCGGUUCUCGGAUCGGCCCCGAUCAAAGCCAAGCAAUCGUGCUAUCUUCCUCGCCAUAUGCGGUUCGGCCAGGAGAGCGGGCCCUUGAUUGGACCUACAACCGUGCCAGGCGUUUGGGUUGCAGCCGGCCACACCUGCUGGGGUAUCCAGAACGGGCCUGCAACGGGGAAACUCAUGUCCGAGUACAUAUUUGACGGGGCGCCUCUGAGCGCGAAUGUUGAUAAGUUCGAUCCGCGAAAGUUCAAGGUGUGA